GUCCCUUCUCUCACUCUCAGCACCUCAUCUAUCCCAUUCUCAAAUUAAACUCUUACUCUUAAUUAAUUCCAUUCAGCAACUUAUCAUACAUUAUUUUCGCCUCAAUUUAUUUGUGGCACACAAGUUUGACACUUCUGAUCUAUUUGAGUCCUAAGAUUUUUGAAGGUUCACUUGGAUCAGGUUCAAUUUGGAGAUUAUAUUAUAACUUAUCAGGUUGUUUUCACUAAUUCUCCAAUGGCUGAUGUUGUUUCUGGUGUGGCAUCAACACUCUUAGGCAAUCUAGCAACAAAAUCUUUUCAAGAGAUUGCUCUGGCAUGUGGUCUUAAAGAUGAUGUAAAAAACUUUGAAAGUUCUUUGAGAAUCAUCAAAGCAUAUCUCAUAGAUGCUGAGAACAAGCAAGCAAAAAACCACAGUAUAGAUGAGUGGUUGAAGCAACUCAGAGAGGCAUUUGAUGACGCUGGUGACAUAUUAGAUGAAAUAGAGUAUGAAGCAAAACUUAAUGAAGUGAUCAAAAUGUAUGGAAGCAUUUGCACCAAGGUCCGCCGGUUCUUCUCAUAUACAAGUAAUCCACUUGCAUUUCGCAUCAGGAUGGCCCACAAAAUCAAAGAUAUGAAACAGAAGAUGGAUGAAAAAAUAAGAGAAGGGAGAAAGUUGGGUAUAGUUGAACAACAUGUCAACGCUCCAGCUAUGGAGCACAAUUUAGCAUGGCGAGAGACUGCUUCUUCAUUGCCUUUCCGUUUGUGUGGUAGACUUGAAGAGAAAGAGGAGAUUAUAAAUUCAUUGAUGACACAAAAAUCAGAAGCUAAUAGUAUUGAUGUGAUCUCAAUUAUUGGGAUUGGAGGUUUGGGAAAGACUACACUUGCACAAAUGGUUUACAAUGAUACCCCAAUAAAGAAGCAUUUUGAUCUCUUAAUGUGGGUGUGUGUAUCUGAUGAUUUUGAUGUGAAGAAGCUAAUACAAAGAAUUAUUCAUGCAGCCUUAAAGAGAGAGAAUGUUGCGGAUGCAAAUUCUAGUUUGGAAUAUAUGAUAUCUCUUCUCAAUCAAACAUUACAUGGUAAGAAAUUCUUACUCGUGUUAGACGAUGUUUGGAAUGAAGACCACAACAAAUGGGAUGAAUUGAGAAAUCACUUGUUAGAAGUAGGUGGUGACAAAGGCAGCAAAAUUAUAGUGACCACUCGUAGCAGAAAAGUUGCUGACAUUGUGGGGAGUAAUCUUGUAAUGAAAUUAGAAGGACUUCCUGAGAAUGAAUGUUGGCGGCUGUUUGUAAAAUGUGCAUUCCAAGAAGAGAAGGAAGAAGAGAAGUACCCAAGGCUAAAGCAAAUGGGGGAGCAAAUUGUUAAAAAAUGCAAAGGAGUACCCUUGGCUAUAACAACUUUGGGUUGCUUGCUUAGAUCAAAAUCUCAUGAUGAAAAUGAGUGGAGAAGAAUAAGGGAUAGUGAGGUGUGGAAUCUCGAUCAAGAAGAAACUCAUAUUUUGCCAUCACUCAGAUUGAGUUACAAUCACUUGCCACCAGAAGUAAAGCAAUGUUUUUCAUACUGCUCUUGUUAUCCAAAGGAUUAUGAAUUUGAGGUUUUUGAGUUGAUUAUGUUGUGGAUGGCUCAUGGACUCCUCCAACCUACACGCGAAGAUGAAGAUGCAGAAGAUAUUGGGAAGUUGUAUAUUAAGAAGCUUGUUUCAACAUCUUUACUUCAAAUUGAUGAAGAAAAAUCUUUCUUUUUUCCUAAGUUUCAAAAUUUGAUGACAUUUAAAACACUCAAAAUGCAUGAUCUUGUACAUGAUCUUGCAAAAUUAACAAUGAAAGAGUCAAGCAGAACAAGAACCGUUGUGCAAGAGGGGCAACAAGAAGCAUCGAUAGAAUGGAUCUCCGACAAGUUCAACUAUCUGAGGGUGUUGCACCUAAAAGAAGAUAUGGAGUUGAGCUCGUUUCCUGAUGAUUGCUUUGCCACAAUGAAGAAGCACUUGAGAUUUCUCUUUCUUGAAAAUUUUCCUAGUUUGAAAAAGCUUCCUGAUUCCAUUUGUAAGCUGCAAAGUUUGCAGAGUUUGGGCCUUUAUUGUGACAGCCUUCAAGAACUUCCCAAAAACAUGAACAAACUCAUCUAUCUACAAUAUUUGCUUUUGAUGAAGAUCAAAAUUACAAGUUUGUCUUCAAUGAAUAUAGGGCGCUUCCAACAACUCAAAUUCUUGUAUCUUUUCAAUUGUUCAAAGUUAGUGUCCGUACCAAGUGCAGUUGGUCGCUUGACUACUUUAAAGAAGCUGGGAUUUUUUUGGUGUGAAGAGCUGAUGAAUUUUGAGGAUGAAGAGGAAGAAGGAAAGCAACAUGUGGUAGUAAAUAAUUUAAACCUUCAAUUGUUCUUUAUCAUUGGAUCAAAAAAGUUGGACUUUUUACCAAAAUGGCUUGAAAGAGCUACUAAAUUGCAAUAUUUGAGUAUAGACAAAACAGGGAUAAAAUCAUUGCCCACAAGGUUGCCGAUGACCUCUCUUGAAGAACUUUAUAUCUAUCGGUGUGAAGAAUUGUCAUCUCUUCCCAACAUGGAUCAAACUCAUAAUCUUCAGUAUUUAGUGGUAUAUAAUUGUCCUGCAUUAUAUGCAAGGUACAAUAAGGAGACAGGUCCAGAUUGGUCCAAAAUUGCUCAUAUCCCACAUUGCAAGAUUAUAUUUUUGUUGGAGACCAUUAAGAAGGAUGCUUAUUGGAGGCUAGUAUUUAAGACAGAGACUAGUAUUUAAGCAAGAGUAGAUACUACAUCUAACUCACAAACUUAAGAUGUUAAGUUUAUGAGUCUCUCAUCUUAUAAAUUUUUUACUCUUUUUUUUUUUAUGUGGAACUAACUCCAUACACUCCUCACACUUACAACACUAACAGUCUUUAGCUACAACUACUUUAUAAAUGCUUUAAUUUGUGUGGGUCGAUUGCUUUUGUAUGUUCCAUUUUCUUUUAAAACUGAAAGAAAGCUAUGUAGCUGGGCACCUCAAACUUUUGGGUGUUGAGUUUAGAAGUAGUUUGAAUAUGUCAAGGUUUUACUUGUUCUA